AUGAAGCGGAAACCUUCCCCCAGCCUGAGUGCAAUGCAUACAACCACCACCACCAGAAAGCAGCCCCGACAAGAUCCUGUCUCAUGUGAAUCAUGUCGCAAAAAGAAACUCAAAUGUGAUCGAAAUCAGCCAUGCAGUAGCUGCUCUGUUCGGAAACUCGUCUGUAGCUAUGGAAGCUAUGGCCAUGGAGCCCCGAGUCCCGGCGUGAAAUCGGACAGCCAGUCGGAGCAAAGGCCCACCGAUGCCAAUUCCGAUGACAGAUCUACUCGAAGGCUGCCUCUGCCAUCCUCCUCGCCCUUGCAGGCCCAGCCACAGUCAAGGAGUGACCGGAAUGACCCACUCGUUACGGCCGACUGGCUGGAGACCAUUGUCAUGGCCCAUCGAGUGCCCUCCGCCGCCCCAAUUCCCCUACGUGAUGGGUUGACCCAUCAUCAACGUCUUGAAUUUCCCCAGCCAUGUCUGGGUACAAUCCCCGGCAAUCUCCUCACCCUCGUCCGCGGUGGCCGCAUUGUGUCAAAUGAAAAUCCCGCCAACAUUCAUCUUCCCGCCCUGUUACCAUCCGAACCUGAAGCCCUGGAUCUGUUGGCGUACUAUUUCAACCACCUGGACUACCAAUAUCAUCUGGUCGUCGCUAGCCGCACUGAACGAGACAUCCACGCCAUCUAUGAAAGCGCGGCGCGCAAUGAGCCGGUCAAUUUGCAUCAUCUUGCUUUGUUGUUUAGUAUCAUCGCCUCCGCCCUCUUCUACCAACUUCUCCCCACCGAAUCUGCAGACUUCGCGGAUAUAUGCAGCUCAGAAGCCGCAUUUCUCGCCGGGGCCGCUUUAAUUCAAGCUAAUUACAUCGCUUAUCCCUCCAUCGAAGGCCUCCAGGCGACCAUGAUCAUUGGUCAUCAUCUCUCCAGUAAUACCCUCAGCCCAUUGGUAAGCUCCUUCUUCGUCCAUGGCUCCCUGGUCAGUCAGGCCAAAGCCCUGAGACUUCAUGCGAUGGACAACGAAUCGCAUUCAGAGGAACGAAAGCGAACGGGGUACGAUAAAACGGAGGUCGAGCUGAAGCGAAGGUUAUGGUGGGAUCUGGCCUCGUAUGACUGGUUGAUAGGCUUCCUCAGCGGCCCACAACAGUGGACAUACACAAUCCACCCCAACAACAUGAACGUGCGCAGACCACUAAACAUCAAAGACGAAGAUCUUGACUCCAUCGAAACCGGCCAGCCUCUCUCAACACCAACAUGCAUGUCAUACACCCAUGCCCGCCUGCGACUGGCGGAAGUUUGCCGAGAGAUCGUCGAUAAAGUCGGACCAGAACAUCUCCAUGGCCAAGAUGUCCCAUAUGAAAAGAUUCUCGAGCUAGACCGAAAACUACACGACGCCCACGCAGAACUUCCCAUCUUCUUCCGCUACGACAAAAUUGCGCGCCGAGAUUACAGCGACCUCUACCGCGAGCGACCAGCGAUUGCCUGGCAGCGCGCUUUCAUUCAGCAAGGAUUCCAUUCACGCCUUUGUCGCCUGCAUCGCCAAUACUUUGUCCGCGGCGCAAGAGACCCCCGAUACUCCUACUCGCAUGUCGUUUCUUUACAAUCUGCUCGGAAGGUAUUAGAGGUGAAGCGCAUCAUGGAUGAAGAAGAGCCAUUCUUCACGCCGAACAGCUCGUUCUUCUGGGCUGUCAUGCAUCAUGUUUUCAUGGCCGCGGUGAUCCUUCUCAUCGACGUCUGUUUCAACUGGGAUGAUAUUCUCGCCGAGAAGCGUAAGGAGGAGGUAAUAGCUGCUUGUCGAAUGCUCAGUCGCGCACAGCAGUCGUCUUCCGUUGCUCGGGAAGGCAUCAAUGCCAUGAUGGGGAUUCUGCAAAAGCACUGGAAACAAGAAAAGCGACUCGCUGCUCAGACUGAGCCGUCGGCAAGAGGUCCCGAUGUACCAUCUUCCUCCAACGCCCAGCCCCAGCCCCAGUCCCAAGCCCAGCCUCAGCCAAUGAUGUCGGCGUCUACCAUGCAUGGAGUCGGAGUUAAGAACAGCUACUUCUCCCCGUCCCAACCCUUCCCUAUUCCUUCUCAGAACUACGAAGCUGUGAACCCGGCUGCGUUUAUUCCACUGGAAGACAUUUGGACGGAGAUGUUGGAUGGAAGUGCCCACGCUGGACUUGAUACACCGGGUUGGAUUGACAUGUUAACGGAACUGAAUAAUACAACGGCGCCUUGCGAGUGA